AUGUACAAGUAUUUCACGGCGAGCAACACCCACACAUACCUCGAGACCUUGCCGAAACUGAUGUCUGCGUACAAUCGCGCUUACCACAGAAGCAUCGGGACAUCCCCGGCGUCUGUAAACAGCGAAAAUGCCGAAGAGAUUUGGAGAAACCUGUACAGCGUCGACGGUCAUGCUGUCAAACCCAUUACUUUUCGAUUCAACGUGGAAGACACGGUCCGCAUUAGCAUGACGACCAGACCGUUUAGGAAAGGUUAUCUCCCAGGCUGGACCACCGAACUGUUUACGGUCAGCGCUCGUAUCCCGCGCCAUCCUCCCGUGUACAGGUUGAAAGAUUAUAAUGGCGACGAGGUGGACGGUACAUUCUAUCAGCAUGAGCUCCAACGAGUGGUUCAGUUAAGUGAUUUGUACCAAGUGGAGAAGGUGCUAAGGACGCGGACACACCGAAGAAAAAGGGAGUAUUUUGUCAAGUGGCUGGGGUAUCAGGACAAGUUUAACAGUUGGACAACGAGUCUGCGCAGGUUAUAA